AUGUUUGCUGGUCGGAGGGUCAACGCGGUUCUCAGAGCAUUGAAGCCGGCAAACCAGCUUCGACACGCCAGUCAAGUAUCGUCCGAAGCUCGUUUGAACAAGCCCAUCGACUUUAAAAAGACGGCCGUCCUUCACCAAUCACAGAACAGCGCCCGGACUGCCUAUGGGCUCUCUCAAGAUGCUCCGGUCGAUUGGGUGAACCUGCAUGGCGCCAUCAACGCGUCCCUACAUCAUGCUUUGAAGAGCGAUGAGAAUGUGCUCCUGUUCGGCGAAGACGUGGCUUUCGGUGGUGUAUUUCGCUGUUCCAAGGGCUUGACAGAUGAGUUCGGCACCAGUCGAGUGUUCAACACUCCGCUCUCUGAGCAAGGGAUUGUGGGCUUUGCCAUUGGUUGUGCGGCUGAAGGCAUGAAACCCGUUGCGGAAAUCCAAUUUGCAGAUUACGUCUUUCCAGCGUUUGAUCAGUUGGUCAACGAAGCAGCCAAAUUCCGAUACAGAGAAGGCGCAACGGGGGGCAACUGUGGAGGGUUGGUUGUGCGAAUGCCCUGCGGUAGCGUUGGCCACGGCGCCCUGUACCACUCGCAAAGUCCAGAAUCGCUAUUCACCCACGUCCCCGGUCUCCGGGUUAUCAUGCCUCGAUCACCCAGCCAGGCCAAGGGACUGCUCACCGCGUCUAUCCUUCACUCCCACGAUCCAGUCAUCUUCAUGGAACCAAAAGUCCUUUACCGCGCUGCCGAGGAAUUUGUUCCAAGCGACCCAUAUACUCUACCACUAGACAAAGCCGAGGUCCUAAAGCAAGGCAAAGAUCUCACGGUCAUCGCUUACGGCCAACCGUUGUACCUUUGCUCCGCUGCCAUUGAAGCCUUGGAGAAGGAAAUCAAGGGUCUCACCAUCGAGCUCAUCGACCUGAGGACCAUCUAUCCCUGGGACCGAGCCACUGUCAUGGAAAGCGUGAACAAGACGGGUCGCGCAGUUGUUGUGCACGAGAGCAUGUACAAUGCAGGCGUCGGAGCCGAAGUCGCUGCAAGUAUACAAGAAGGGGCGUUCCUUCGACUGGAGGCUCCCGUCGCCAGAGUAACGGGCUGGAGUACUCAUCCGGGGCUGAUCUUUGAGAAAUUUAACAUUCCAGACGUUGCGAGAAUAUACGACACUAUGAAAAGAACGCUGGAAUACUAA